AACAAUUCAAGAUCGGUCGAAGAAAGAUCCGGAUAAGACAACCGUUUAUUUUGCCAUUGGCGAUUGAGAAGUCUAUUUGCCUCCCUUGUUGUUCCUACCUCUUGAUAGAAUUCGUUAUAUUCUCUCAACAGCAGUUUCGUGUCAGUCUUAGGUUAAGUAUUAUUCAGCUCUCACGUAUUCGCCUGGAAACGGCUAGACUGUUCUAAGUUGCAAGGUUGAACAGCAUUCAAAUUCAGCUUUGUUGUUUAAAACGGAAAUGCGACCGAAGUAAAGGUUUUGCUCAGCAAGAAUACAUUUGAAGGGAAUUUCUAAUCUUCGAAACUUGAGUUUCUUUUGAGAAAAAUUAACAACAGAUACUGUUUUCUCGUGUCAAAUUCGCGUUCGUGCGCUUGAACUCGGUCGAGCCAAAAGGCGUUGUAAAGUGGAAUGUUUGACAUCUAAUUUUGAAAUUUGACGCAGGAGAUCGUGUAACCAGGAAAGUUUGAACGGGGGAUUUAAUUAAAUUCAUGGCGAAAGACAGUGGUACUGAUGUGGAAAGAAGCAAAGGAACUGUUAUGAACGAGCCGUCUUCGAAACAAAAUGGAAACGACGAUCGGAGAUUUUCACUCAGACGGUUGUUUGGACGAUCAAAGACGUACAAAGGCGAGAACACGACGGAUAAAUUCACUCGAAAAAACAGCACUGAGGCACUGGCUAUUUGUCCAGUUUGUUAUGCAAUGAGAGCGAAAUCUCUGUUCCCAGAAAUCUCAACUUGUGAACAUCGAUCAUGUUUUGAGUGCUUGCGGCAGUAUAUGACAAUCGAAAUAAAUGAAUCGCGAGUGAACUUAACAUGUCCUGAGUGUUCAGAAAGAUUUCAUCCGAAUGAUAUAAAACUGAUUUUAAAUGAUGAUGUCCUUAUGGCCAAAUAUGACGAGUUUACUCUUCGAAGGACAUUAGUUGCUGAUCCUGAUUGUCGUUGGUGUCCCGCUCCGGACUGCGGCUUUGCAGUCAUAGCAUCGGGAUGUGCAAGCUGCCCGAAACUGCAGUGUGAAAGACCGGGAUGUAACACUGAGUUCUGUUAUCACUGCAAGCAAAUAUGGCAUCCUAAUUUGACUUGUGAUGCAGCACGACUUCGGCGAGCUACUCACAUCAAAUCCAUUUCUGGAUCUGAAGGACGAAGCUCAAAUGGCUCAGAUGACAUGAAGCCAUGUCCGAGAUGUGGAGCUUUUAUUAUCAAGAUGGAUGAUGGUUCAUGUAAUCAUAUGACUUGUGCAGUGUGUGGAGCAGAGUUUUGUUGGUUAUGUAUGAAAGAAAUCUCAGAUCUUCAUUACUUGAGUCCUUCUGGUUGUACCUUUUGGGGUAAAAAGCCUUGGAGUCGCAAGAAGAAAAUCCUCUGGCAAAUGGGAACACUCAUAGGUGCACCUCUUGGAAUAGCUCUUGCUGCAGGGGUGGUACUUCCUGCCAUGGUGAUUGGUAUUCCUGUGUAUGUUGGCCGACAGGUGCAUGACAAGUAUGACAAGCCAUAUCAGUCGAGAAGGAAGAGGAACUUUGCCAUCACUGGGGCAGUCACCCUUUCUGUCCUUGCAUCCCCCAUCCUAGCUGCACUUACUGUGGGUGUUGGGGUGCCAAUUGCUCUUGGGUAUAUCUAUGGUGUAGUGCCAGUUUCUCUGUGCCGCAGUGGAGGCUGUGCAACAGUAACAAAUAUUCGCAAUGGCAAGGGAGUGAACCUUGAUUUUGACGAAGAUGGAGACCCUGGGCCAGCCAGUGUCGCUGGGGUGUUUGGUACAUCACAAUCUAGCAGCAGAAGCAGCAUGAGAGUUGGUGAAAAGGGGUCUUCAACAGGGGUGGUGACAGUUGUGGCCACUGUCAACAACACAGGAACAGACACAGAAAGCGGCAAGCAACCCAGUAUCAGCAUGAGUCAGGACUGUUCCAGCUUAGACAGUGGUACAAUUGGCCCAAGAGGUGUUGGUGACGGUGACAGCCAUGCAUCCCUCAUCCCUGGCCCUAGAAGCUGCACUGUGAGCAUAGCCAGCAGCUUUGACAAUUUUAACAUCAAUUCUUGUGAUGGAAUAGGAACAUCUUCAUCUAUUGCAGAGGCUAUGGUAAUGGAAACUGAUGUUGUAGAUAGAACAUCUGUUACUAACAUCUCUCAUCAAGGAAGCACAGUGGAUAAGGACAGUUUAUCGGUCCUGGAAAGUGUUGGUAGCAAUGAAGACGAUUAAUUUCUUGUACCAUGUGAGUUUAGGAAAUAAUUUUUAAUGUCUAAUUUAUUUUUUGUCUAUUAAUUACUUAACUUGUAAAAAUAUUCACCAAGCUCAGUAGGAUUCUUGUAGAAAGAUAAAUCAGAAAUCAAAAUGUUAAUAUUUUUUCAUAAUUAAUUUUAAGCAUUUCUAUGGUUUUUUUUUUGCUCUCCUUGUAAAUCUCGCAAAGUGAAAUCCUUAGAUUUUUUUAAGUAUUUUAGAGGUGAUAAGAGACCUUAAACAAACUAAUGUGGUGAUGGCAAUGAGGACAUGGCAAAACAAAAGAUCUUAUGGAAAGAAGGAUAGCCCAUCUUGUGGGUAUUAGAACUUUGUACUUUUCUUAGCCAUCCUCUGCAAAAAAAAAACAAAAAAACAAUGUGAAAUCACUUAAAUUUGCAUGGCUUGAGAACAGAAACCCAGACAGCAAAUUAAUUAAGUUUCCAUUUGGAACCAAACACUGCUGCCAGUGUUAUGCUGCAGUUCAGUUUUGUUGCCACAAGAGAUGGUAAACACAUCCAGCCAUUUGCAGCUAACAGUAAUAGUACCAACUUGCAGCUAUUUGCAAAAUUUGCAGCUAUUUGCAAAAUUCUAACUAAAAAUAGAGAUUCAUGUGUUAAUUAAAAUCUUCCUCAGUGUUUUUGUCUUAAAUGCUUAAAAAAGGUCCCUAAUAUUACCACUUUGCUAGACAUGUUAGUUAAAAAAAAUAAGUAUAAGUGGUUUUUGUUGGGCUGAUUAAGUUUUUUCAGGAAAUUGAAACCUUUGCAGAAAGUUAAAGGACAUGCUUUACUGCAAAAUCACGAUGGCAGUGAUGAGCUGUUCAAUUUCCAUACUAGUUUUUUUAAUUAUUAGCAACUUUGUGUAUAGUUUCCUUUUGCCCUUUUAUAGUCUUUUCUUUUCUUUUCUUUCCUAGGAGAACUUAUUUUUAAUUUUCCUGCAUUGUACAUAGUAUUUGUUCACCCUGUACAAAAUUCAUUUAUGUUUCAAGUGUUUUUUUUUUCUUUUUUUUUCAAUUAAGAGCACUGAAUUUCAUUAAUUUCUACAAAGAAUUGACUUUCUAACUUAAGGUCUGUUGUUAUUCUUGAGUUUACUGAUGGAAUCAGAAGUUUCAAAUUUUGGUACUAUGACAAUCUUGAGUUUACCAAUGGAAUCAGAAGGUUUUAAUUUAGAUACUAUUGCAAUUUUCUUAACCCUGUGACCCAAAUGAGUGACUAGGAUCUAAUUUCUCCAAACAAUAUCACCCCUGAAUUGCACAUUAAGGUCAUGAGAAUAAAGAAAAAGAUCACCAACAAAAAAGUCCUUUACUGUUAAAUAAAUUCUCCUUGUCAGUACCCUAGGAAAUGUGUAGAGAACAGUAUGGAGAAUAUGCAUUCUGAUGUGAGGGUGUAAAGGAUUUAGGUUUUUAAUUGUCCAGGGGUAGAUCUAAAGCAGAUGCAGAUGUUGUAUCUUUUAUGUUUUUGGCAACCAGUAAGUAUCCUGAUCACCACAAGCAGAUUAGGGUCCUGGUGAAUUCUAUAAUUACUAUAGGGAGUGUAGCAUGGUUUGCAGUGAAGUUACAGUGAUCACAACAACAUUCUUCCAUAUGUUUGUAGAGGAAACAGAGUGAAAACAAGCAGGCAAGUUUUUAAUUUCACUUUAACUUUUUCAUUGGUUGGGUUACUUGGCCUGAAGCGGUCAAACAAUAUGGAUAAAUUAGAUAGGGUAGGGAAUGGUGAGAUCUUAGACUAACGCAAUGCUAAGAUUCUUCUUUAAAAAUCAUACACCAAGACCAAACAUAUGUAGCUUUGGAUCUUGUUAUGAGUGUUGUUUACUACAAUGAGCAGAAUGCAUUAUUAUUGACCAGAAAAUGUUGCGUUAGAAUUGUAAUACUCUUGUUUGUGUUGCUUCUGGGAGAUAUCAGUUGAGCUAUGAGCAAUCCGUCCUUUUCAGUAAAGUCCAUCAUGUCCAAAAAAAUCAUUAAAGAAAUCUGAUGUUAGUGCACCAUAUGAAGGACUCCACUGAAAGGCAGGAAAUGCCUGUAGUUCAGGUAUCAGCCACUUUAUUGCAGUAUGUUCAAAUGACAAGACUCGAGACUGAAAAAAGACUAAGAAGUCUUGAUUUGACAAAGAGUUUGCAAGACCUAUAGGUUUUUGAGGUACCAUUCUAUAAUUUACUAUAAGGGAUGACCUUAUUUUAUGUAAUUACUAGUAUUUAUUGAUAUUCCAGACUUUCAUUAUACUGAGAUGUAUGUAAAUAUGACACACUUGCUUGUAAAUACAUUUACUGUAACUGUCGUCAAAUUAUUAUAAGUAAUGCUAAUCACAAUUUUAAGUUAAAUAAAAACCAAUUUUUUCGUA